CGCACCACCACCACCACCCCCACUUGGCGCACCACCAGCACCACCAGUCCCAGGCACGCCGCGAGAGCAACCCCUUCACCGAAAUAGCCAUGAGCAGCUGCAGGUACAACGGGGGCGUCAUGCGUCCGCUGAGCAACUUGAGCGCGUCCCGCCGAAACCUGCACGAGAUGGACUCGGAGGCACAGCCCCUCCAGCCACCGGCGUCCGUCGGAGGAGGUGGCGGCGCGUCCUCUCCGUCUGCAGUCGCCGCUGCAGCUUCGUCCUCAGCCCCCGAGAUCGUGGUGUCAAAGCCGGAGCACAACAACUCCAAUAACCUGGCGCUCUAUGGAACCGGCGGCGGAGGCAGCACUGGAGGCGGCGGCGGCAGCGGCAGCGGGCAUGGCAGCAGCAGUGGCACCAAGUCUAGCAAGAAGAAGAACCAGAACAUCGGCUACAAGCUGGGCCACCGGCGUGCCCUCUUCGAGAAGCGCAAGCGUCUCAGUGACUACGCGCUCAUCUUCGGCAUGUUCGGCAUCGUGGUUAUGGUCAUUGAGACCGAGCUGUCGUGGGGCGCCUACGACAAGGCGUCGCUGUAUUCCUUAGCUCUGAAAUGCCUUAUCAGUCUCUCCACGAUCAUUCUGCUCGGUCUGAUCAUCGUGUACCACGCCAGGGAAAUACAGUUGUUCAUGGUGGACAAUGGAGCAGAUGACUGGAGAAUAGCCAUGACUUAUGAGCGUAUUUUCUUCAUCUGCUUGGAAAUACUGGUGUGUGCUAUUCAUCCCAUACCUGGGAAUUAUACGUUCACAUGGACGGCCCGGCUUGCCUUCUCCUAUGCCCCAUCCACAACCACCGCUGAUGUGGAUAUUAUUUUAUCUAUACCAAUGUUCUUAAGACUCUAUCUGAUUGCCAGAGUCAUGCUUUUACAUAGCAAACUUUUCACUGAUGCCUCCUCUAGAAGCAUUGGAGCACUUAAUAAGAUAAACUUCAAUACGCGUUUUGUUAUGAAGACUUUAAUGACUAUAUGCCCAGGAACUGUACUCUUGGUUUUUAGUAUCUCAUUAUGGAUAAUUGCCGCAUGGACUGUCCGAGCUUGUGAAAGGUACCAUGAUCAACAGGAUGUUACUAGCAACUUCCUUGGAGCAAUGUGGUUGAUAUCAAUAACUUUUCUCUCCAUUGGUUAUGGUGACAUGGUACCUAACACAUACUGUGGGAAAGGAGUCUGUUUGCUUACUGGAAUUAUGGGUGCUGGUUGCACAGCCCUGGUGGUAGCUGUAGUGGCAAGGAAGCUAGAACUUACCAAAGCAGAAAAGCACGUGCACAACUUCAUGAUGGAUACUCAGCUGACAAAAAGAGUGAAAAACGCAGCUGCCAAUGUACUCAGGGAAACAUGGCUAAUUUACAAAAAUACAAAGCUAGUAAAAAAGAUAGAUCAUGCAAAAGUAAGAAAACAUCAACGAAAAUUCUUGCAAGCUAUUCAUCAAGCUCGGAAAUUACGAAGUGUAAAAAUGGAGCAGAGGAAACUGAAUGACCAAGCAAAUACCUUGGUGGACCUGGCAAAGACCCAGAAUAUCAUGUAUGACAUGAUUUCCGACUUAAACGAAAGGAGUGAAGACUUCGAGAAGAGGAUUGUUACCCUGGAAACGAAAUUAGAGACUUUGAUUGGUAGCAUCCACGCCCUCCCUGGGCUCAUCAGCCAGACCAUCAGACAGCAGCAGAGAGAUUUCAUUGAGGCUCAGAUGGAGAACUACGACAAGCAUGUCGCCUACAAUGCCGAGCGGUCCCGGUCCUCGUCCAGGAGGCGGCGGUCCUCCUCCACAGCGCCACCAACUUCAUCAGAGAGUAGCUAGAAGAGAAUCAGUUAACCACAAACUAAGACUUUUUGCCAUCAUAUGGUCAAUAUUUUAGCUUUUAUUGUAAAGCCCCUAUGGUUCUAAUCAGUGUUAUCCGGGUUCUGAUGUCAGAAUCCUGGGAACCUGAACACUAAGUUUUAGGCCAAAAUGAGUGAAAACUCUUUUUUUUUUUUCCUUUCUUUCAGAUGCACAGGGAAUGCACCUAUUAUUGCUAUAUAGAUUGUUCCUCCUGUAAUUUCACUAACUUUUUAUUCAUGCACUUCAAACAAACUUUACUACUACAUUAUAUGAUAUAUAAUAAAAAAAGUUAAUUUCUGCA